AUGACUGAGAAGCUGCCCUCUAGUAUUCCUCUCACACAGAGAGCCGUCAUAUUCAAGAAGCAUUCAGGAAAGCUCGAGCUCAAGAGCAUCGAAGUUCAGUCGCCGAAAGCCAAUGAACUGCUGAUUAACGUCAAGUUUUCGGGUGUGUGCCACUCUGACUUGCAUGCUUGGAAGGGUGAUUGGCCAACAAAAACAAAAUUACCACUAGUGGGUGGCCACGAGGGAGCUGGCAUCGUAGUUGCAAUGGGAGCCAGCGUACGAGGAUGGAAAAUAGGCGACUAUGCUGGUAUCAAAUGGCUUAAUAGCUGCUGUAUGUCUUGCGAACAGUGUGAGCUGUCUAACGAACCUAAUUGCGCAUACGCUGACAUUUCAGGGUUUACACGCGAUGGAUCUUUCCAACAAUAUGCAACUGCGGACGCUGUACAGGCCGCCAGGAUACCACCUGGUACCAACUUGGCAGAAGUCUCGCCAGUAUUGUGCGCGGGGAUAACUGUUUUCAAGGCCCUGAAAACUGCUAACCUAACGGCCGGAAACUGGGUUGCCAUUUCAGGGGCUUGCGGUGGCUUAGGUUCUAUGGCUAUUCAAUAUGCAAAAGCAAUGGGGUAUUCUGUUGUUGGGAUUGAUAGCGGAGCUGAAAAAGAGCACUUGUUUAACGACCUUGGUGGUGAUGUUUUUCUAGACUUCAGCAAAAGUGAAAACCUUGUUCCAGAAGUUGUAAGUGCCACAGGUGGGGGGGGGGGGGCACAUGGAGUUCUCAACUUGUCUGCAUCAGAGAACGCUAUCAACACCUCAGUUCGCUUUUGUAGAGCAAAUGGGGUCAUUGUGCUUGUAGGUAUACCAAGUGGUGCAACAUGCGUCUCAGAAGUUUUCGAUCACGUUGUGAAGUCCAUCAAGAUAGUUGGAUCAAGUGUCGGGAAUAGAGCAGACACAAGGGAAGCGCUCGAUUUCUACUCUCGAGGUUUAAUACGGCCCGCAAUCAAGGUCGCCGGGCUAUCUCAAGUACCUCAAAUUUUCAAAAAGAUGGAUAACGGAGAAAUUGUUGGGAGAUGUGUUGUGAAUACCGGAGAGUAA